AUGCUUGUGGAAAUCCCACCCAAAAUGAGCGUAUCCGGCUUUAUGGGAUAUCUGAAAGGGAAAAGCAGUCUGAUGCUUUACGAGCAGUUUGGGGAUUUGAAAUUCAAAUACAGAAACAGGGAGUUCUGGUGCCGAGGGUACUAUGUCGAUACGGAUAAAAUUGAAAAGGACUGCGAAGAAUCUAUUGAAGCAUGCAACCUGGCUGCCAGGAGGUUUACGGAUAAUGGCGCAUUACUUGACUCCAUGCUUGAACCUUAUGCGGAUAUGUUAAGUAAAAUCGGUAACAAUUAA